CCGGGUAAGAGGGAAGCCGAGAACCGGAAGUGAAGGCAGAUUCCCUCCUUCGUCGCUGUUGCUGCCGCCAUAUGCGCUUGCCUUGCUCAGCUCUUCUCUCAGAAACUAGGUUGUUAGUUUGUUUUUUUAAACUGUUGCUCAAGCCCCCACUGCCCUCACUUGUUUUCACUUACCCUGCGUGAACCCCUCCUGAGACUCCUCCCCUUCUCCCCCUGCCGGCCCAGUAAUGGCAGAGAACGAUGUGGACAAUGAGCUCUUGGACUAUGAAGAAGAUGAGGUGGAGACAGCAGCAGGGGGAGACGGGGCUGAGGCCCCUGCCAAGAAAGAUGUCAAGGGCUCCUAUGUCUCCAUCCACAGCUCUGGCUUUCGGGACUUCCUACUGAAGCCCGAGUUGCUCCGGGCCAUUGUUGACUGUGGCUUUGAGCAUCCAUCAGAAGUCCAGCAUGAGUGCAUCCCUCAGGCCAUUUUGGGAAUGGAUGUUCUAUGCCAGGCCAAGUCAGGCAUGGGAAAGACAGCAGUAUUUGUGCUGGCCACACUGCAACAGCUGGAGCCGGUUACUGGACAGGUGUCUGUGCUGGUGAUGUGUCACACUCGGGAGUUGGCUUUUCAGAUCAGCAAGGAGUAUGAGCGCUUCUCUAAAUACAUGCCCAAUGUCAAGGUCGCAGUAUUUUUUGGUGGUCUGUCUAUCAAGAAGGAUGAAGAGGUGCUGAAGAAAAACUGCCCGCAUAUUGUCGUGGGGACCCCUGGCCGCAUCCUAGCCCUGGCCCGAAAUAAGAGCCUCAAUCUCAAACACAUUAAACACUUUAUCUUGGAUGAAUGUGAUAAGAUGCUAGAACAGCUCGACAUGCGUCGGGAUGUCCAGGAAAUUUUUCGCAUGACCCCCCAUGAGAAGCAGGUCAUGAUGUUCAGUGCUACCUUGAGCAAAGAGAUCCGUCCAGUCUGCCGCAAGUUCAUGCAAGACCCAAUGGAGAUCUUCGUGGAUGAUGAGACGAAGCUGACGCUGCAUGGGUUGCAGCAGUACUACGUGAAACUGAAGGACAACGAGAAGAACCGGAAGCUCUUUGACCUUCUCGAUGUCCUUGAGUUCAAUCAGGUGGUGAUCUUUGUGAAGUCUGUGCAGCGUUGCAUUGCCCUGGCCCAGCUUCUGGUGGAGCAGAACUUCCCAGCCAUUGCCAUCCACCGAGGGAUGCCCCAGGAGGAGAGGCUUUCUCGGUAUCAGCAGUUUAAAGAUUUUCAGCGACGAAUUCUUGUGGCCACCAACCUUUUUGGCCGAGGCAUGGACAUUGAGCGGGUGAACAUUGCCUUCAACUACGACAUGCCUGAGGAUUCUGAUACCUACCUGCAUAGGGUGGCCCGAGCGGGCCGUUUUGGCACCAAGGGCUUGGCCAUCACGUUUGUGUCAGAUGAAAAUGACGCCAAGAUCCUCAAUGAUGUGCAGGAUCGUUUUGAAGUCAAUAUUAGUGAGCUGCCUGAUGAGAUAGACAUUUCCUCCUACAUUGAACAGACACGGUAGAGGACUCACCCAUCGUUUUGGAAUGUGACAGUCUGUCCCUCUUCAGGAGAUGACAGCCGGCACGGCGGUGAAGGAGACACUACUGCCACCUACCCUGGCAACCCCCAACCCCUACCCCAUGACUUCCCCCCUUUUGCAUCACCACCACUCCCUAAACGCCUAUUUCCUGAAUUGUCUGAAUUUUUCUUUUUUAACAAAACUAAAAAACACACAUGUCUGUGGUGUCUGUAAA